CUACUGCAGACUCCUCAGACUUCAGUAGUUGGUCUGCCAACUGCUGUAGCUGUCUUUGGUGUUUAGUACCAAAGAGGAAAAAGAGAAUUGCAAGUCCAUCAAAUGACUCUCCAUUCCAGGCUCUGCUGAAAAGUGUUUGGCCUGUAACAGGAAAAGCCUCUCUACUUUGAUGGAAACUGUCAAUGAGAAAGUUGUAGCUGGUGAGAUGAAUAUUCAAUACCUGAUGUUUCAUGGACCGGUAGAAUUCAGAAGAGGCUGUAGCAGUAAGAAUUGUCAUCUCCAUUUGUACAGAGACUUCUUGGUUGUGACUAAUAGUCGUUCCUCUGCCCAAAAAAGAGAGUGGUAUACUUUACUUCAAAGAUCCAUUAAUGAACAUAAGGAGAAAGACCGUGGAAAGAGUAUUGCACUUGAGAUACUCACAGAGGACAUCCCAAACUGGAAUACUUCAUUCACUGUAACAGCAGCACAAUUGGACACAGUGAAUGAUAUCAUCAGGAAGUUACAACCAUUGCUGGGAAUACCUAAUGCUGAGGAAGAUUAUCAACUGUGGUUCUCUUCUAGCCAGAAAGAAGCACCAUGCCCACUCCUGGGUAAGCAUCUGAGAAACCUAAGGAGGCAUUGA